UUUGUGAAUUUUGAUACUCAUGGGCAGAAUUGAAAGUGGAUUUAUGCUCUUUAAAUUAGCCAUGAACAAAUCUUUUGUGGCUUGAAUUAUUGAUGAACUCUAUGUCUUAAUUCUAAAUUUCUAGCACUUUAUUUUAGUAAUUUACCCAUUGUUCAUUCAAUUGUGCUUAAUGAUGAAUUCUUGUUAUUACUUGAUCACCAAUUACAAGAUAUUGAGUUAUAUUUGUGCUGGGAAGUUUGAAUAUAAUGGAUAGAUUUAAAUGACACAAGUGGAUAAUCAUGAUAGAUUAUGUUUGUGAAUAGCAUAGGAAUGUGUUAUUUGCCUUGUGUAUCAAUGAUGAAUUGAUGCUUAAUUUUGGGCUCUUUAACUUGAUUGGCAUAGGAAUAUGUUAAAUUAGGUAGAAAAAUUAAUAUCAUAGGUCUUGGAAAAGUUUCAUGAACGUGUUUUGAAUUCUUGUUAACUCUGGGUAGUUUGUUGAGAUUUUGCUGCAGCAAAACGUACUAAUCAAUUGACAUAAAUGGAUUUAAUAAUUCAAGCCUAUUUUAACCAAUCGAUUUUAUCUCUCUUUUAUAUUAGUGUUGCAGAUUAUUUUUGAGCAUUUUUAAUUGAUUCCAAGUAGUGUUAGCUUACAAAAAUCAAAACAAUUUAAUUUGGUUACUCUUGUGUAAUUGUUUGGUAAUUAAUUGACGCAUUUAGUUUUAAUUUGCAAUCCCUGUGGAGAAGAUCUUGUAUACUUAUCACUUUAUUACUUGUUUUGUGACUGUGUACACUUGCACAUAUUUGAUUGAAAAUUAUCACAAUAAGUUUUUGGCGUCAUUGCCGGGGAUUGAAAUUAAAAUUUUUUGUAUUAUUAAUUACUUUGCAAUUUGUUUUUCUUAGUUUACAUUAAUCUUGUUUGCUUGAUCUUGUGCUUCGCUAGAUUGAUUCUGUUUCAUGAACGAGUAUCAAGUCUUUGAGCUAGCCCUUAUUGAUCGUGAGAUUGAAUGUACAUUUCAAAGAAGGCUAAGGGAACAACAGGCUCAAAUUCACCUUGCUAUGGCUAAUGAAGAUGAAGGGGUUGAGGAAAUUAGAGCUCAACCCAUGCUUAAUGCAGCUAAGGGAGUUGUUAAUGAAGCAGCCUAUUCUUUGAAUGACGCUAAUGCAAUUAUUAUGGCCGGUGAUAGAGAAAGGGCCAUAAGGGAAUACGCUGCCCCAAUGUUUAAUGAGCUGAAUCCUAGUAUUGUUAGACCCAAAAUUCAAGCUGCUCAGUUUGAGUUGAAGCAUGUGAUGUUCCAAAUGUUGCAGACAAUGGGUCAAUUUAGUGGGCUACCUACAGAAGAUCCUCAUCUCCAUCUUCGUUCAUUUUUGGAGGUGAGUGAUUCAUUCAAGUUGCAAGGCGUUACUGAAGAAGCCUUGAGAUUGAAGUUGUUUCCUUUUUCUCUAAAGGACAAAGCUAGGGCUUGGCUCAAUACAUUUCCUUCCAACUCAGUGACUACGUGGCAUGAAGUAGCUGAGAAAUUUUUGAUGAAGUACUUCCCUCCAACGAAAAAUGCUAAGUUCCAGAAUGAGAUUAUUUCUUUUCAACAGUUGGAGGACGAGUCGAUAUGUGACGCUUGGGAGAGGUUCAAAGAGUUAUUGAGGAAGUGUCCACAUCAUGGCAUCCCUCAUUGUAUUCAAAUGGAAACUUUCUAUAAUGGUCUAAAUGCCUCCACACGCAUGGUGUUAGAUGCUUCGACAAAUGGGGUUAUUCUCUCUAAGUCCUGCAAUGAACCAUAUGAGAUUUUGGAGCAGAUUGCCAACAAUAAUUACCAAUGGUCUAGUGCUAGAGCCCCCAUUGGAAGAAAAGUAGUGGGUAUGCAUGAAGUAGAUUCUUUGAAGCUUUGACCGCUCAAGUUUCAUCUAUGACCAACAUUUUGAAGGCCAUGAGUAUGGGGGGUAACUUGCAACCAGCUCCUAUGGGCCAAGUAGCAAAUAUUUCUUGUGUUUAUUGUGGAGGAGAGCACACAUUUGAUAGUUGUCCUUCUAAUCCCGCUUCAGUUUGUUACUUGGGAAAUCAAAAUGAAAUCUGCAACAAUCCAUAUUCAAACUCUCACAAUCCGGGUUGGAGGGAUUUUUCUUGGGGAGGUUAAGGGGCUAGUGCAAGUGGUGUAGUCAUCCCAAAUAAGCCUACAUAUCCAUCGGGUUUUUCUCAACAAGUAAGAGCUCAACCUCCUCCUUUACAAGUUUCUCAAACAAGCUCUUUGGAGAAUUUGAUGAAAGAGUAUAUGGCCAAGAAUGAUGCGGUAAUUUAAAGUCAAGCAGCGUCUUUGAGGAACCUGGAGAUUCAAAUGGGGCAGCUAGCUAAUGAGUUGAGGAAUAGAACACUAUCACCUUGCCUAGUGAUACCAAAAAUCCAAGGAGAGAUGGUAAGGAGCAUUGCAAGGAAGUUACCUUGAGGAGUGGUAAAAAUCUGGAGUUGAAUGAGGAUAAUCCUAAGAGCAAAAACGAGCCCACUUCAAUCCAAAGUAGUGUGGAAAAGGAAGAAAGAGUUGGGAGUUUGAAUAUGUCAAAUGCUGAUCCUAAAGCAAAUGCUGCAGCAAUUCCUCUGCAAAAUGCAUCAGAGAAGCUAAUUAGCAAGCCACCUCCACUAUUUCCUCAGCGGUUUCAAAAGUAGCAACAAGAUAGCUAAUUUCGGAGAUUUUUGGAUGUUUUGAAGCAACUCCACAUCAACAUACCUCUGGUGGAAGCUUUGGAACAAAUGCCUAAUUAUGUAAAGUUCUUGAAGGAUAUUUUGACAAAGAAGAGGAGGCUUGGCGAAUUUGAAAUGGUUUCUUUGACUGAAGGUUGUAGUGCUAUUUUGAAGAAUAAAAUUUCUCCAAUGUUGAAGGAUCCAGGCAGUUUCACAAUUCCAAUUUCUUUUGGGGGACUAGAAGUUGGUAAAGCUCUUUGUGAUUUGGGAGCUAGUAUUAAUUUUAUGCCCAUGUCUAUUUUUAAGAAGUUGGAAAUUGGAGAAGCAAGGCCAACUACGCUCACCUUGCAAGUAGCUAACCAUUCUAUGGUGCAUCCGGAGGGAAAGAUUGAAGACGCCCUAGUACAAGUUGACAAGUUCAUUUUUCCGGCAGAUUUUAUUAUUCUUGACCAUGAGGAAGAUAGGGAUUUACCGAUCAUUUUGGGAGACCAUUUCUUGCCACUGGGAGGACGUUGAUAGAUGUUGAAAAAUGAGAGCUCACCAUUCGAACUCAAGACGAACAAGCCACAUUCAAGGUUUUUAAUCCUAUAUGCUCUCCUAAUAAAGUUGAAGCCGUCUUGGCCAUAAGUGCUUCUAACUUCAAGUUGAUUGAAAAGAUGCAUGGAAAACAUAGCAAGGGAUUGAUGAAAAAGGUCCCUUUUAAAGAAAUUGAGAAAGGUGGUGAGCCAUGGAUAAGUAAGGAAGAAGAACCAUCUCAUCCUCCAAAGCUACCGAAGAAAAAGAAGAAGAAAAAGAAACAUAGUAGAAAGCCUCAAUCACAAAUGUUGGAAGUUGGGAAUAGAGUGUUUUUCUCAAACUCUCUAGUGAAAUCAAGGUGUGAUUGUGGGUUUUUAGUGAGCGAGGUGUUUCCCAAUGGUGUGGUGAAUUUAUAUGAUGAACAUUUGGGGAGAGCAUUUAAGGUGUUAAAAGUCAAGAAAAUUGUGUUUUGAGAAUAAUUUGGGGGUCUAACGGUUUUGCAGAAAUUUUUCUGAAGCAAAACAAGGAGCAAACUUUUGGACAUGGGACAAGCAUAAGUCAGAGAGAUCCGCGAUGCAUCGCGAGAAUUCCACUAAGAUUCGUGCUCAUAUAGGGAAAGCCCAAAAUACUCAACUCCUCCACCAGCCCAAACGACCAUAUUCCUUCGGAUGACAAUCCCAAGGGAUAGGCGAGGGGAGUUGUCUUAUCUCAGCUCAAGUUUCAUUUUUUUUUAUUUGUUGUUUUUGUUAUUUCUUUUGUUAUGUGGUUGUAAUCUUGUUGUUUUAGUGUCUUGUUCAUGUAUUGGUCUUGUUUUUGGUUGUCUUUGCAAUAGUUGUGUUGUCAUUCUUUCAAUGAUAUUAUUUGUCUUUGUUAGUGUUCACUAGGGGGCUCGAUGACGUUCUUAAGAAAACUACAAAAAAUAUAAUAAAUCUAGUUGAAGUUGAAUGUCUUUCUUACUUAAGUUUCAAACUAAAAAUCUUUGGGUGUGAAUGUUGCUAGCAAUUGAUUGAAGAGAGUGUUUUUCUUUUUAGUGUGUGCAUAGCUUGAUUAAACAUUUUUGAAACCCUAGAAAGAGAUAGUUUCUUGUGAGAGCUUAAGUUUCUAAAAUUACUUAGUGAUUUUCCUUGAGGCGAAAUCCUAGGCAACACCACACCGAUGACAUGAUUUAGGCCAUCCUUGGAUUGGUUGAGCCUUUGAAGCCUACCCUUUAUGCAUUUUUAUCCCUAGUCACCCCGUUGAGCUUAAGUGUCAUUUUCUUGCUUAGCCACUUAUUAGCCUCGCUAUAUAUAUAAUAACCUAUUUUCACCAUACCCUUUAGCACCUUGAUCUUUAUAGGAUUUAUUUUUUGUUGUAUUUUGGGGGGUUGAGAGGCGUAGAGAGUGUGAGAGGCAUUGGGUGAGCGUUUUCAUUUUUUUCUUUUGCUUGUUUUCACCAUUGGGGACAAUGUUGAUUUUAUGUUUGGGAGGAUAGUGUAUUCUCAUUUUUCUUGUUCUCUUGCCAUCUAGCUGUUUAUCUUCAUUCUAAAAAAAAUAGAAACUCAAAAAAGACAAAAAAAUCAAAAGUAAAAAUUAAAGAGUGCACUCCCUUGCAUCAAAGAAAAGUUUUUAAAAAAUUUAAAAAAAAUCAAGAAAAUAAAAAGGAAAAAAAAGAAGUAAUUAUGCUUGAUUUUAAGUUUUGGGGUGGAACUCUUCGAAUAAAAGAAAAGUUUGUUUUAGUUUUUGUCUUUGUAUGUUAGCAAUAAAGGCUAGUGGCAAGAGUUAUAUUUUGUUGUGGGGUGUUCUUUGGGGAAAUUAAUGUGUGCAUUGAUUUAGGUCCUAGAAAGAUUGAGGUGCUUAGGGUCAUUUGAUCCAAAAUUAAUCUCUCUUUCCUACCUUCACCCUAGCCUAUCAUUACAAGCUUGAUAAAGUCUUAUUGAUCUUUGGUGUGGUGUUUGUCUACAUUAGUUGAGAAAGAACCACUAAGUAACUUAUGGAGGCAUUAUUUAAGCUUUAGGACCAAGGCCUAUUUUACUUUUGGGUGAUUGAAAAUGUUUAGGAAAAGCUAUGAAUGCACUAAAGGGAGAAACACUUGACUCAUAUUUUGAUAGUAGCAUUAAUGCUUGAAGAGUUUGGUUUAAAGCUUGUGCAAGUUUAAAAUUCAGCUUCUCUUAUUCAAAAUAAAAUUCCCGAGAGCUUUCCCCUUUGAGCAUUGGCAAAGCAAAGUUUAUCCUCUCUUGUUGUGUCUUGUCUUUGAUCUUUUUCUUUUGAAUCUUUUCUUGUUCAAUUUGUGUGUCUUUUGUGUUUUGUGUUAUCUUUUUAGAUUCAUCACUCAAGGACGAGUAAUGUCUUAAGUUUGGGGGUGUGAUAAAUCUUUAAUAAAGAGUUAAUUUUCAUAAUUUUGAGCUUAUAAUUUUAGACUUAGGUUGAGUGAUGUUUUUGUAUUUUGUUAUUUUAAGUUAAUUCUUUUCCUUUUUGUGUUCUUGUGUCCUUUAUGGUGUUUUAGAGCUGAAUGUAGUAAUUAGGAAUUUAGGUAUGAAAUUGUCCAAAGAAAAUAAUGAAAAAUGAAAAGGCCCUUAUUUGUUUAUUAUGUGCUGAAAUAUUAGGUUUGCUGAAGCAAAAAGAAAGUUUUGCUAGAGCAUUUUCAGUAGGAAUCAAAGAGGAAAAGUCGGCAUAUAAGGGAAAGACAAGUGGAAUUUCAUUUAUUGAUAUGUCAAAUGGUGGUGAGAUGGCAGCAAAUCAGAAUGUUAGCUGCAUUUUAGAAGGAAGAUUCUAGAGAAAAAAGGAGGGGCUCAUGUGGAGUGCUUGGAGGGCAUUUUUGGCAAAAGAGAAAAGAGGGUUUGGUACCCUAGCAAAAGAGGAGAAAAAGACAGCCUCCAUUACUGAAUUUUUUGGAGCCAUUUUUUUUAGAGAGAUUGGAGAGAGUUGGAAGGACAGAGAGAAAGGUGGAAGGAAAAGUACAAGUCCAAGAAGAGGAAUCUUACAUCUCCAUUGAAGAAAUUUUGUUCUUGCUCUCUCUCUCUCUCUCUCUCUCUCUCUCUCUAGAUUUGUAUUUCCUCUUUUGAUUUGUGAAUUUUGAUACUCAUGGGAAGAAUUGAAAGUGGAUUUAUGCUCUUUAAAUUAGCCAUGAACAAAUCUUUUGUGGCUUGA